GUUCAUAGAAAGUGAUUCCCUUUCAAAUUUCAUCUUCUUAACUGUUUGUUAAUCAAUCUGAUUAAUAUUUUCUUAUUGUCUUUAUUUAAUUUUUCUAUUAAACGAUAACUCAACACUCGACUCAUCAUGUUUGGAAUGGAAGCACCAAGAAUUCUCGUUCUAAGUCAGAACACUAAACGUGAAUCUGGACGUAAGGUUCAAUUGGAAAAUGUCCGUGCUGCUAAGGCUAUUGCCGAUGUAAUUAGGACUUGUCUUGGUCCUAAAUCUAUGCUAAAGAUGUUGAUGAAUCCUAUGGGAUCAAUUGUCAUGACCAAUGAUGGUAAUGCGAUUUUACGUGAGAUUACAGUUCAACAUCCUGCGGCUAAAACGAUGAUUGAAAUCAGUCGAACUCAAGAUGAAGAAGUUGGUGAUGGUACCACUUCCGUAAUUAUCUUGGCUGGUGAAUUUAUGUGUGUCGCUCAACCAUUUUUGGAGAAGAAUAUGCACCCAACCAUCAUAAUUAAAGCCUUUAGACAAUCUCUAGAUGAUUUAAACGAUUUCUUAAAGAAAGAUGUUGCUACUCCCAUCGACUUGAAUGACGAGAAGCAAAUUCUUCAGGUUAUCCAAUGUUGUAUUGGAACAAAAAUUCUUGGUAGAACCGGUGAAUUUGCAUGUCGUUUAGCAUUAGAUGCUGUGAGAACUGUUUACAUUGAGGAAAAUGGUCGUAAAGAGAUUGACAUCAAACGUUAUGCUAAAGUUGAAAAGGUGCCUGGUGGGGUUCUUGAAGAUUCUAGAGUCUUGAAAGGUGUUAUGUUCAAUAAAGACGUUAUUCACGCUCAGAUGCGAAGGCGCAUUGAGAAACCUCGAAUUCUUCUCCUCGAUUGUGGAUUAGAAUAUAAAAAAGGUGAAAGUCAAACUGAUAUCGAGAUGACCAAAGAAAAUGAUUUUACCGCUUUACUUCAAAUCGAAGAGGAUUAUAUUCAACAAGUUUGUGCAGAUAUUAUCAGGUUCAAACCCGAUCUCGUUGUAACCGAAAAGGGUGUUUCUGAUUUGGCUCAACAUUUCUUAGCUAAAGCAAACAUUUCAGUUCUGAGACGAUUAAAGAAAACUGAUAACAAUCGUUUGGCUCGUGCUUGUGGAGCUACAAUUGUUAACCGAACCGAUGAAAUCAGAGAGGAAGACAUUGGAACCCAGGCUGGUCUCUUUGAAGUGCAAAAGAUUGGUGAUGAGUACUUUUCAUUUGUUGUUGAAUGUGCAAAUCCAAAAGCAUGUACUAUUUUACUUCGAGGCGCAAGUAAAGAUAUUCUCGGUGAAAUUGAACGUAAUCUCCAAGAUGCUAUGUGUGUUGCUAGAAAUAUCCUUCUAGAACCUUUCAUUGUGCCCGGAGGUGGUGCUGUCGAAAUGGCUUGUGGAAAGCUAUUAAGUGAUAAGGCCAAAGGUCUAACCGCAGUAUCUCAAGCACCUUAUCGUGCUAUUGCUAGAGCUUUAGAAGUCAUCCCUAGGACACUAAUUCAAAAUUGUGGUGGUAACACAAUACGAACUUUAACCGCUUUACGAGCCAAACACGCCGCCGGUGAUAAUAAAACUUUCGGUAUCGAUGGUGAUACUGGUGAAAUUGUCGAUAUGAAAACACUUAACAUUUGGGAACCUUUAGCUGUUAAACAACAAGCUUAUAAAACCGCAGUUGAGACGGCUGUCAUUCUACUUAGAAUCGAUGAUAUUGUCUCAGGUUCCAAGAAACGAGAAACAUUGGAAAAAGAAGCAUCAACCAAAGCGAUGUCUUCUGCUAAACCUACUGAAGAAUCACAAAAAGAAGAAUGAUCAUGAUUAAUUGUCUUAAUUCUGAUUAAUCAGUAACAAUUUCCAUCGGUCACUUUUCUCUUACCUCUUUUGUUUGAAAAUUUUUUUCUUAUUACUUGUAACAACCGCGAUUUAACUUUAAUAACAAUAAGAUUUUGAUUAAUCAA